GCCCAGCCCUCCUGUCCGUGGACGCACCAAGUGUACCGAUUGCACUCUUUGCGUUUUGGAUAAAGCCCGACUACCUUCACUGUGAAGGCUGGGCACGGUACAGGAGGAUCAGGGCCUCGUUGUGGCUGAGAGAAGAGGCUUAAAUUCGUCACAUAUGGCUUUUUUGUAGGACAGUAUCUAUCAUUACUUGGGAUUGUGGAAGGGACGUCAGUAAAAAUCACUGAAGUCGCCCAGAAGUUUUAUACACUUGUGGGCGCGCGACCAUGGAGAUGCAAAGGUGGUCCACAAGGUGGAAAACGAAAAGGUGGCUUAUGGAUUCCACUGUAACCGGAUUCAUCACUAUAACCUUGGUUCUACAGGCUGCUAAUGUCAGAGCAGCAGAGCCAGUGGAUGUCCUAAAAGUAUUAGCAUUUCAAAAUUACCCCAAAGGAGUGACAAAAACAACAGGAUUUUGCGCAAACCGAAGAGCAUCGACGCCAGAUACAGCUUACAGAGUUUCCAAGGAGGUCCAGAUCAGUGCCCCCACCACACAGCUAUUCCCUGGUGGUGUUUUUCCUGAGGAUUUCUCCAUCCUAGCCACAGUGCGUCCCAAAUCUGGCAUCCAGUCCUUCUUGCUGUCCAUUUACAACGAGCAAGGAGUCCAGCAGCUGGGCGUGGAGGUUGGACGCUCACCUAUCUUCCUGUAUGAGGAUCAUAAUGGCAAGCCAGUCCCAGAGGAGUACCCCCUGUUUGAUGGUCUUAACCUUGCUGAUGGAAAGUGGCAUCGUGUAGCCAUCAGUGUGGAGAAGAAAGUGGCCACUAUCAUUGUAGACUGUAAGAACAAGGUCACCAAAAACCUCCCCAGGAGUGACCAUGCCUCCGUCAGCACCAAUGGCAUUACUGUGUUCGGCACCAGGAUACUGGAUCAGGAGGGUUACCAGGGGGACAUCCAGCAGCUUCUGAUUGUGGAUGAUCCCAAAGCAGCAUAUGACUACUGUGAACAUUACAGCCCAGACUGUGACACUGCCCUCAGCGAUUCUUUGCAGGCACAGGAGCCAGAAGAGUACACUACUGAUGAUUUAGAUUACUCUCCGUUCGAUGAGUAUCCCGAGGGAGCGACAGAAACCAGUCCAACCUAUGAUGAUUUUGAGCCGCAGAUAAACAAUUUAGAAGGAGAUUACAAUACAGACAUUGACUACGGAACAGUAGAUGGUACUCAAACUCAGUCCCCCUUUGCCACGAGUGGACCCAAUGAGGCUGUGGAGGAGGAUGUUGUCGGUGCAUAUGUCACCGAGGCCACUCACAUUGCUCCAGAGCCCACCGUUGUUGCAGAAGCACAGGACGCCUUGGAUACUGGUGCGGACGCAUAUGACUUUAAGGAGUAUGACCUAAACCAGUAUGACUUGGGCGAGGUUGACAGCAGGUUGUAUGAUUAUGGGGCGUAUGAUGAGUAUGGCACAGCCCUGCCUAAACCUGAGGCGACCUACGAUGAUGAGGUGGGACCUGGGGUCGCUGCUGAAACCGAUGUUUCGGAGAGUACUGUCGCUGAUUCCGUAGCAGGCUUUGGGCAGAAGGGAGAGAAGGGCGAGCCGGCUGUGAUUGAACCUGGCAUGCUAAUUGAAGGACCACCAGGAACCCCCGGCCCAGCAGGUCUUCCAGGACCCGCAGGCCUACAAGGACCCCCAGGCACUACUGGAGAUCCUGGUGACAGGGGUCCUCCUGGACGCCCUGGUCUGCCUGGUGCUGAUGGUUUGCCGGGGCCCCCCGGUACCAUGCUGAUGCUUCCAUUCCGUUUCGGCGGGGAUGGUGAGAAGGGUCCAGUGGUGUCGGCCCAAGAAGCCCAAGCGCAGGCCAUCCUUUCACAGGCUAGACUGGCUAUGAGAGGACCCCCUGGGCCAAUGGGUUUGACGGGAAGAUCGGGGCCAGUGGGUCCACCUGGCAUUUCUGGAUUGAAAGGUGAAAGUGGAGACCCUGGUCCUCAGGGUCCUCGUGGCACCCAAGGUCCGCCAGGGCAGCCUGGCAAGCCAGGCAAGCGGGGUCGUGCUGGAGCUGAUGGUUCCCGUGGGAUGCCUGGAGAAUCAGGUUCUAAGGGUGACAGAGGAUUUGAUGGACUUCCUGGGUUGCCUGGUGAAAAAGGACACAGGGGAGACCCAGGACCAAUGGGACCCCCAGGUGCCCCUGGAGAGGAUGGACAGAGAGGCGAGGAUGGAGAGAUUGGGCCUAGAGGAUUAGCUGGAGAGAGUGGUCCAAGAGGUUUGCUGGGACCUCGUGGUCCUCCAGGACCCCCUGGAUCGCCUGGUGUUGCUGGAGUUGAUGGUCCUCAAGGUCCAAAAGGAAACAUGGGACCUCAAGGAGAGCCAGGCCCACCCGGGCAGCAGGGAAUCCCUGGGACACAGGGUCUUCCUGGUCCUCAAGGCCCCAUUGGACCACCUGGAGAAAAAGGACCUCAGGGCAGGUCAGGGUUGCCUGGAUUACCUGGAGCUGAUGGGCCUCCUGGUCAUCCUGGUAAGGAGGGACCACCUGGAGAGAAAGGAGCCCAAGGUCCGUCAGGCCCACAGGGUCCCAUUGGUUAUCCUGGGCCUCGUGGUGUUAAGGGUGCAGAUGGUGUCCGUGGUCUCAAGGGAUCAAAGGGAGAGAAGGGUGAGGACGGUUUCCCGGGUUUCAAGGGGGACAUGGGAAUCAAAGGAGACCGGGGUGAAAUUGGUUUGAUUGGGCCCCGUGGAGAGGAUGGUCCUGAGGGUCCUAAAGGCAGAGCUGGGCCCCCUGGUGAAUCUGGUCCUAUUGGUCUUGCUGGAGAAAAGGGUAAACUGGGUGUCCCAGGAUUGCCAGGUUAUCCUGGAAGACAAGGACCUAAGGGCUCAAGCGGUUUCCCCGGAUUCCCCGGAGCCAAUGGCGAGAAAGGAGCCAGGGGCACUGCUGGCAAGUCUGGUCCGAGAGGACAAAGAGGUCCGACGGGUCCCAGGGGCGCUCGAGGAGCCAGAGGUCCAACAGGAAAACCUGGACCCAAGGGCACAGCAGGUAACGACGGUCCUCCUGGCCCACCUGGUGAGAGAGGACCUCAAGGACCACAGGGACCAGUAGGUUUCCCUGGACCAAAGGGCCCCCCUGGACCACCUGGCAAGGAUGGGCUGCCCGGACACCCUGGCCAGCGCGGAGAAACAGGUUUCCAAGGAAAGACCGGUCCUCCAGGACCAGGAGGUGUUGUUGGGCCCCAGGGACCCACAGGAGAAACUGGUCCCGUCGGUGAGAGAGGCCACCCUGGACCUCCCGGCCCACCUGGAGAGCAGGGGCUUCCAGGUGCUGCUGGCAAGGAGGGAGCCAAGGGAGAUCCUGGACCACAGGGAUCCCCUGGUAAAGACGGUCCCCCCGGUCUUCGUGGCUUCCCUGGAGAGAGAGGUUUACCCGGUGCCCCGGGCCCAGCUGGUCUGAAGGGAGGAGAGGGUCCCCAGGGUCCACCUGGUCCUGUUGGUUCUCCUGGUGAGAGGGGUGCUGCUGGCCCAGGAGGUCCAAUUGGCCAAUCUGGUAGACCUGGCCCUCAGGGUCCCCCGGGUCCCGCUGGAGAGAAGGGAGCACCUGGUGAGAAGGGGCCUCAAGGUCCAGCUGGUCGUGAUGGUGUCCAGGGUCCUGUAGGUCUGCCUGGACCUGCUGGACCCCAGGGCCCACCUGGUGAGGAUGGUGACAAGGGAGAAGUUGGAGAACCAGGUCAGAAAGGAAGCAAAGGUGACAAGGGAGAACAGGGUCCUCCUGGUCCAGCUGGUCUCCAAGGUCCUGUAGGCGCUCCUGGUCCUGCUGGAGGUGAUGGAGAGCCUGGUCCCAGAGGUCAACAGGGCAUGUUUGGACAGAAGGGAGAUGAGGGCUCCAGAGGUUUCCCUGGACCUCCUGGUCCUAUUGGCCUGCAGGGGCUUCCAGGACCUCCUGGUGAAAAGGGUGAAAACGGCGAUGUUGGACCUAUGGGCCCCCCUGGUCCACCUGGUCCCAGAGGUCCUCAGGGUCCUAGUGGAGCUGAUGGUCCACAAGGUCCUCCAGGUGGUGUGGGCCCCAUGGGAUCUGUAGGUGAGAAGGGUGAGCAAGGUGAGGCUGGAAACCCAGGACCACCUGGAGAGCCUGGAACUAAGGGACCUAAAGGUGAGAGGGGAGAGAAAGGAGAAGCUGGCCCCCCCGGAGCUGCUGGACCUGCUGGCGCCAAAGGACCCCCUGGAGAUGAUGGCCCAAAGGGCAACCCUGGUCCUGUUGGAUUCCCUGGAGACCCUGGCCCUCCUGGAGAGCCAGGUGUAGCUGGCACUGAUGGAGAACCAGGAGAGAAGGGAGAUGAUGGAGAGGCUGGUCAACCGGGACCUCCAGGUCCAUCAGGAGAAGCCGGCCCACCUGGACCACCUGGCAAGAGAGGACCUCCGGGGGCUGCUGGUGCAGAGGGCAGGCAAGGAGAGAAGGGCGCUAAGGGUGAGUCAGGUGUGGAGGGUCCAGCAGGUAAAACAGGACCAGUUGGCCCCCAGGGACCUCCAGGAAAACCUGGUCCAGAGGGUCUGCGUGGAAUCCCUGGCCCUGUUGGUGAACAAGGAAUGCCCGGCUCCCCAGGACAAGAUGGCCCACCAGGUCCUAUGGGUCCUCCCGGUCUUCCUGGCCUGAAAGGUGACCCAGGUUCUAAAGGUGAAAAGGGUCACCCAGGUUUGAUUGGUCUGAUUGGACCCCCUGGCGAGCAAGGAGAGAAGGGAGACCGAGGUUUGCCCGGGCCUCAAGGUUCUCCUGGUGGCAAGGGCGACAGUGGUAUCGCUGGAGCCACAGGUCCUCUUGGUCCCCCAGGCCCCCCUGGUUUGCCCGGUCCUCAAGGUCCCAAAGGAUCCAAGGGUUCAAGUGGUCCUGCUGGUCCAAAAGGAGACACUGGUACAAUUGGUCCUCCUGGUCCUCCUGGCCCACCAGGUGAAGCUAUCCAGCCCCUGCCAAUUCAGUCCCCAAAGAAGACCAAGCGCUCCAGUGACAUCCAGUCAGAUGGUACCAUCAUGGAUUAUGGCGAGGGUAUGGAGGACAUUUUUGGCUCCCUCAACAACCUCAAGCAAGACAUUGAACGCAUGAAAUACCCCAUGGGCACCCAAAACAACCCCGCCAGGACAUGUAAAGAUCUCCAGCUCUGCCACCCAGAGUUUGCUGAUGGUGAGUACUGGAUUGACCCGAAUCAAGGCUGCUCAGGGGAUUCCUUCAAAGUCUACUGUAACUUCACUGCCGGAGGCGAAACCUGCAUCUAUCCAGAUAAGAAGUCCAGUGGAGUCAGAAUAUCUUCAUGGCCCAAAGAAGUCCCAGGUUCAUGGUUUAGUGAAUUUAAGCGUGGUAAAAUAUUUUCCUAUGUCGACGCAGAUGGGAACGCAAUAAACAUGGUACAAAUGACCUUCCUCAGACUACUGACAGCCUCAGCCAGGCAAAACUUCACCUACAGCUGCCACCAGUCUGUGGCGUGGUACGACGCCUCUAGCGACAGCUACGACAAGGCGCUGCGUUUCUUGGGCGCCAACGAUGAGGAGAUGUCUUAUGAAAACAACCCUUUCAUCAAGGCCAUCUCAGAUGGAUGCGAGACGAGGAAGGGCUACGGAAAGACUGUGAUGGAGAUUAAUACUCCCAAAAUUGAUCAGGUUCCAAUUAUCGAUGUCAUGUUGACUGACUUUGGGGAUCCGAACCAGAAGUUUGGGUUUGAAGUUGGGCCUGUCUGCUUCCUUGGCUAAAUACAAAUGAAAAAGUCAAAUAAAAAAAAAUAAAAAAAACAAACAAAAAAAAGGACUUGAUGGGGCCAGCAAAGAAAGUCAAGUUGAGACAUUCUGGGUACUACCAAACCCCAUUUUUAGCCCCCCACCCUUUUCCAUGCCACAUGCAAGUUUUGAAUAAGAGAUGGUGUAGCAAACAUGUCUUUCCAUGUAUGUAUGUGUAACCCAGGAAAAUACUUGUUGCCCUUGUGGGGCUCGAACCACAUGACUUAACCACAUCACGGAGCAAAGGUGAAGGACAAUCGAAUCGUGUGCCAGAGGAGGGUGAAUCGGAGGUAACCGAGAGAGGAGGUCGGGCGACGUAAGGGGGGUGACACGCGUCUCCUCUCUGGAUUCUCCAGGUGCUGUAUGAAAACAACAAUAACAAUGGUGCUUGUUCAAAACACACACAAAGUAUAAAAGAGGUGCUACAAAAGAAGGUGUAUUUUGCUAAUUAUAAAAUACUGUAAUUAUUAUUUUGUACAAAACUUUUAUUUCUAAAUCCACUUUCAAAACUUGCAUGUGUAUCAGAUUUCACUUGUGGCUCUUUCAUUUCAACGCUGGUUUAAAGACAUACAGUGUAAGUUAAAGGCAUCAUUAAGUCAAGUCAAUUUAUAAUUCUGUCUUUUUGUUCCAACACUUACUGUGUACAUGUCAUGAAGAAAAUAAAAGUGAGCAUUCAAACAGUUCUCUAUUGCUAAAUUAGACUGUAUGCCCUUUGUAUAUAUUGACAGUCCAAAGCUUGAGGUUACUUGCUGUUUUGCCCUUGUGACCGUAGGUGAAACAACUGGAAGUAUUACACCCGCACGUAUAUGACAACAUCUCCCACUAAUGUUGUGAUCCUGUGCUAGUAGGAAGCAAUCAUGGCAUUCAUCUUCUUUUAUUUAAUUCUAUUUUUCUUUUGUUUGUUUGUUUUUUUUCCAUUUUCUGACAGGCUUUCAUUUUGGUUGUAUACCUCAAACUUUCUUGAUAACCUUUAAGAUGCAAGGUUGCCAUGCCCUGUAUAUACCUUGGUUAAGCAAUUAAGUUUAUAUAUAUUUGGGUGGGGAUUUUUUUAAGAGAGAAAUACAUUAACUGUUAGAGAUCCACUGUUCAGAUCCUUCUGUGAAUGCAAUGAGAAUCCCUUUCGGUGACCCAUUUUUGUAACUAAGAUGUUUUAAUGUGCUUUUUAUAGUUCAUUUAAAUAUUAAAAACCGGAUUCUAAACAACAGUGAACUGAAUGUCUCAACAGUUUGUGUAAGAUGACUUUGGAGAAGAUCUACUGUACAUGUGAAAUGCUUUAAAUCAAGGAUAUGUUCAUUCAACUAAGACUCUGGGCUGGUGCAAUUCCAUCUCUUGAAACCAAUAAAGUACCAUCUUACACUAA